UUUGGCCGCAAAACCCGGGCUUGGGCAGCGUGGCGUCGGGGUCGAGUGUGGUGUCCCCGUUGGCGCCGCCAACUCUGCGCCUGGGCUUCCCCUCGGCUCACUCAGGACCCGCGGCCUCCGUGUCCUUCAGGUGCAGCGGGGAGCCGGCUCUCAGGGCGCAUGCGCCGUCCGCUCUGCGCCACCGGCCUAGAUAGGGUCGGAGAUCACUGGGAUGAUGCGCUGCCUGACCACGCCUCUGCUGCGGCGGGCCCUGACCCAGGCUGCACAUGCAGGACCUCCUGGUGGCCGGAGCCUCCACAGCAGUGCAGUGGCAGCCACCUACAAGUAUGUGAACCUGCAGGAGCCCGAGAUGGACAUGAAGUCAGUGACUGACCGGGCAGCCCGGACCCUGCUGUGGACUGAGCUCUUCCGAGGCCUGGGCAUGACCCUGAGCUACCUGUUCCGGGAACCGGCCACCAUCAACUACCCAUUCGAGAAGGGCCCGCUGAGCCCUCGCUUCCGUGGGGAGCAUGCGCUGCGCCGGUACCCAUCCGGGGAGGAGCGUUGCAUUGCCUGCAAGCUCUGCGAGGCCAUCUGCCCCGCCCAGGCCAUCACCAUCGAGGCUGAGCCAAGAGCUGAUGGCAGCCGCCGGACCACCCGCUAUGACAUCGACAUGACCAAGUGCAUCUACUGCGGCUUCUGCCAGGAGGCCUGCCCCGUGGAUGCCAUCGUCGAGGGCCCCAACUUUGAGUUCUCCACGGAGACCCAUGAGGAGCUGCUGUACAACAAGGAGAAGCUGCUCAACAAUGGGGACAAGUGGGAGGCCGAGAUCGCUGCCAACAUCCAGGCUGACUACCUGUAUCGGUGAUGCCCCACCGGCCCGCAGCCCCUGCUGCCCAAUAAAACCGCUCCGACCCCA